AUGCUGCUCGUCGCCAAAAGGUAACGUUUCGAGUUCUUUCGAGUCCUGUUCUAAGUCUUUUCAUUUUCAGAAUCUCGCACUUUCUCCAGCUUCGACCGAUUUGGAUACUUUUCUUCUGGACUCUUGCCAGUUUCACUUUCUUCCUGAUGACUUUGAUAUUCGAGCUGAUUCCUAUUGAAGUUCUGGUAAGUUACUUGGAAUUCGCUGUUGCAAAGUCUGCCAUACACUUUAUGACAGAAUGAGGUGUCCGGCUAGUUGCGAAAAUAAAUUGUUCUUGAGCUGUAGACGCACUAAAGUCCAUGAUAAUGAUCGAAUUCCAAACCUUUUCAGUCUCAGAUCAACGGAACCAUGUCAAACGCAAGAUCCACUCCACAGUUCUAUCAAGGUGAGUCCAUUCUAUCCCAUCCUCCCCCGACUGCCCCAUUCCAGAUCCUCUGAUCCUCCUCCCUUUCCUUGUGGCCCCUCUCACCUGCCUCACCGUCUUCUCCAGAAGCAUCCCCGUGCUCGUCUCGACUGCCAUCUCGACGUUCCUCUCCAUUUGUAUCCUCUCGUUCUUAUCCCGUCUCAACCACUUCUUCAACCCCGAUCCCUCCUACAUCGUUGUCGUUCUCCACGUCACCACCGCCAACUCGAUAUUUUUGCGGAGGUGCUGGGACAAAUACAGGUAUCGAAAUGAAUAAUCCACUGUGAUCCGCUGAUCCUCAUCCAUUUUCAGAAGAGGACCGUGCUCCUCCACAAUCGUCCGUCUGCUUCUAGCCACCGUCGACAAGUCGCUUCCGAUGCUGCUCACCACUUCCACGUGCGCUUCCAUCAUCCCGCUCGUCUCGAUCAUUGUCUCGCCGGCCAAGACGAUCGUUCCCUCGGUGACCCUCUGUCUGCUCAGUCUUCUUCAGAAUAUGUGCACGAUGACUGUGAUACUUUCGGUUCUGCUCAUUCGGAACACUUAUAAUUGGGUUAGUCUCUUUAGUUUUUCAAUCCGAUUUCGAAAACGAUUUCGUUCAUUUGCAAGCGCGUUCUCUAAAUCGUCUUCUAAUCUCCUGCUAGAUCAUCUGAGCUUAGCUUAUGCUCUGCAAAAAUGUUUCCGUGUUGGUGGGAAUCAAUGAAUUCUCUUCUUUCAGUGCAUUCCAACAGUCCGACUCAGUUUCAUACGUGGAAUUCAAGCGUUCGUUGAGGAGAAACUCGUGUACUUUGCCCAUCUAAUGUGCCAAAUCGGUCAACGACUUCUCUCUUCUCAUGUCAGAAUUCCAUUCGUAUUCAGUUACUUGGUGGUUAUUAUUGGAUUCAUGUAAGUGCGCACAAAGAAACAAAGAGAAAGUGUUCCGUUCAGAACCCUCAACGUCGUUCGAUUUGUGAACUUUCUGAACGUGUCAAUCGACAAGGGAACCGUCGAGUGCUCGUUCUCCCGGUGCUACGAGUCCAUCACCCUGACCCUUUCCCUGUUCAUCGUGCCGCCCGUCUUCUUCUGCACCAUCAACAAACUGCAGAUCAACACGGUCAUCUCGCUCAUCGGCUUCUCGUUCUCUUUGGUCGUUUUCGAGUUUCUCCGAGUGAGACCCCGCUCAGCGUAUGAUCAUAUAUUCAUUGUUUUGUUUGCAGGAGUUCUCGUUCGAAAGUGUUCGUGUCGCGCCCAUCCAACACGUCGUUCUGAGCAUUAUCCCCGCGGACGGAGCCCUCCGAUUCUGCAACAUGUACAGCAUGUCGCGAAAGAAGAACCACAACGCCAAAGUGCUCGACACAGUGGACAUGCUCUUCUCGCAAGUGACCCUCUCCUCCAUGUGCUCCGUCUCGGCGCUUCUCACCCUUUACUUCUACCUCCAUCGUCCCCAAGUCCUCCUCCUCAUCAUAAUCCUUCUCCUAACCAACUGGAUCACCGUCGUCUUCUUCUACCCGUCCGCGAUCGCAAUGAUGGGACCGUUGGUUUGCGGCGGAAAGCGAAGGGGCAGUCAGCUAUCGGAGACCCGCUCCCUGAACACCGAACGCUUCUCCUCGCAUCUUCUCGUGGACAAUCCGGAUUACACGAAAAAAUAUUCGACCUCCAAUUACUACGGACCGGCCAAACAGAAACGGUCAUACAACGUUCUGAUCACUGACUCACGAAGGGCUUCCAUGCCGAGUUCGGUGCAACAAAUCGCAAUUUCCAAUGCGAAUGCUCCAAUUCUCAAAAAGUCAGUUGUGUUAGCUAAAAGAUUCAUUGAAUAACAAUAUGAAUGAUUUCAGAAGAUCUUGGGCGACCGGCGGCUGUUAUUCCGUGGACGGUGUCAUCCAAAUGACGCCUCGGGAAGCUCUGCAGCUGAUGAGAAAGGAAGAUUCGAUAACGAGUGAUAACAUUUUGAUUAAGGAACUCGCAUUGAUUUGA